GUCAUGAGGCUACAUCUUCUAGUCACGUACACACGAAACUCGAUUGCGUAUUAAUUUUCCAACUAAUUUUCCUACCACCGGUCCUGUCAGUGAUUGACCAUGUCAGCCUGGAAAGGAUAAGCCAACAACUGACAGGGCAGAAUGUAUGCCGAUUUGUCUAUAUUACUUUUGCCAUUUUCUAGUAGGGUUUGUUGACAUGACGGCCCGAAAACAUAACCUUUCUAUCGUAGUUUCUCAGUACCAUUUUGUCUCGUCUGUGAUUUUGGCUUAUCUGUACAAGUAAAUUAAACUACAUUAAAAGAAAAACCAUGACUUCUUUAUUUGGUGUGCCCUUAUGUGGGACACUAUUUGUACCGCUGGUGAUUGGAGCAGCUUCAGUUCUAUUGUUCUGGAUGUUAUCCAAAUCAAAGAAAAGAUUGGAAAGCACAGUUUCAAGGGAUGAAUUGCACAAAUCUCCUGGUAACUCGUUUCUAUUAUCUGAAGAGAAGCCUCCACGGGAAAAGAAGAAAAGUUGUGGAGAAAACAGCAACUGCUGUGGCAAGAAAGAUGGGAAAUCUGGAUCUUGCAGUGACAAAAAUAAAGUUAUUGAAAUUGCCAAAGUUUUUGUUGAUACACAUUCUAAUAUUGCGCAGGAAUUUGCGUCAGUUUUAUCAAGUCAGCUGAGUGCUGCAAAGGUGACCACAGAGUUAAUUCUUGACUGUAAUUCUGAGACAGUUGACUUAUCUCAUCAUGUUGAUGGUUCACUCUGCAUUUUUCUGACCGACAUCUCCGAUCUAAAUGGCGAAAAACAUUGGUUGCAUAAAAGUAUCAGCUGCCUUACAUCUGGUGAUGGUGAUAAGCCUUUGACUGGAAUGAAAUAUACAGUUUUUAUUUUUCAAUCAUUCCCAUCCGACAGAUCAAAGGUGGAGGCCCUUGAUCAGCUUCUACAUAAAUCAGGUGCAAUUAGACUUUGUAAAGCUGAAAGUACAGACCUUUCAUCUGCUGUUUCCUCUUCACACUUUGAUGAUUGGGCUGACGAGCUUUUUGCCCAGGUGCAACGGUGGAAUACACCCAAUAAAAAGGCAUGCAAGUGUGGCCCAAAGAAGAAAAUUGAAGAGAAUGAUGAAUCUUGUGGCAGUAAAUGUUCUGAUUCGGAAGAAGAUACAUCAGAAACAUUAACUAAACCUGUCUUGGAUCUAGAAGAUAUUGCAAAACUUUUAUAAAGUAAAACACACUCAGUAAAUCACUAUCACCCCUUCUAUACUAACAGCCCAGCCAGAAAGCCCAUUCUACUCAACGUCUACUUGACAAUACUGCUUUUCUGGCUGGGAGUGGCAAUAAAAAGUUCUUGGAAACAUCGCUAUUUGCAUGGGUCAAAUUUAAUAGAGUGGUGCUUUUCUUAAGAUUUUACUGAUUGAACACCCACAUACAUAAGUGAAAAGCUCUUCAAUGAAGUAUAUAAUGGUUUAGUGCUAGUGUUGCCUUUGGCCAACAGAUUUGAUGUAUUUUUGAUGAUUCCUAUGUCUUCCUAUAAACUUAAAUACUUUUUCAAAAUGAUUCAGUAAUUGCUUCAACUUUUUUUGCCAAUCCUCUUACAAAACUAUGUUUGUUUUUUGUUUUUUUGUUUUUUUGUUUUUGUGAGUACCUUGGCUAGGCUCUCAGUCUCAGUGAGCUGAUUAUGUCUUGGUCAUAAAUAGAGAAUAAAAUUUCGGUGAACACAAUACUCA